CCAGAAAAUCAAAUAUUGAAAUCUUUAUAUUUCUAAAUAAUCAUUUGUAAACUAUUUACGUCUAUUCCUGGUCAAUUUUAUUCAAAUCAAAUGUAUGCUGUCAUAAGCUUUUAUGUUUAUGUUGUCAAAAGUCAAUAUUACGUUGGUUUACAUUACAGCAAAUACAGGUUUUGUUAUGGCUGCCAGCAGUUCAGACGAAAGUGGCACUACACCAAGAGAUUUUCAUCUAUCUUCAUCCUUAGAGAGUGAAAGCAGAUUAGAUAUUCAAAAAUUUAAGUGUCCAUUAUGCUUCAUAGCCAGAAGAAAAUUUUACUGCAGAAAAUGUAUCGAAGAAGGUGAUUUUUACAUUUCUAAAGCACAACCAACUGACAAAAGUUACAGAGAACGUCAAAUAGAAUUCAAUGAAUUGUGCUUAAAGGACAACGAAAAGCAAGAUGCUUUCAAUGGAUUAUCAGAAGAUGUCAUGAAAGAAUAUGACUUGAAAUCUGAAUUGCGCACUUACAAAGAAAGGGUCAGAUCUUUGGAGAUAAUUCUGAAAGAAAAGAGAGAAUUAAUAAAUUACUAUAAAAAAGAACUGUCCAAUUUAAUAACUAAUAACAAGAAAAAAGCAGAUUUUCAAGAUAAAUGCGACACUAAGAUACAAGAAAUUGAAGAAUAUGUUGAAAAUGAAGAAGGAAAACUAUUGUGUAUAGUACAUGAUUUGCAACUGAAAAAAACUGAUGUUAAAAAAUUUAUUAGAACUCGAUCACGGGAGCUCUCUCAAUAUAUUUUUCCUAUAUUUAAAACACAACCAAGAGUAGAUUCAGAACAAACAGCAUCUGAAUUAGUUAUGGCCCUGGAGGAGGCUUCUCAGAGUUUAGAUCUACGAGGAAGUUGGGAAUAUACUGAAAACUGCAGUGAAAUGAACUUUGCAAUUGUAGCUCCAAGCUUGCCAGCAUCAGGGAAUUAUACUUGCUACAAUAUGUGGUUGGCAGAGGUGAAGGAGAGCAGUAGCUUACCAGGAAGUACAACAAAUACAGAACAUGAAAAUCAUGCUAACAGUAUCAGUGCUGCCCUUACAUAUACCACUCAAUUCGUUAAUAUAUUAGCUCAACAUAGAAAUGCUAUACUUCCUUUCAAGGUAUCGCCAAGCGAGUUUUGUGUCCGAUAUCUAACUGAACAACAGUUCAACACACGAGUAGCUAGACUGAAUGCCAACAUUUUCCACUUAUGUUACACUGGGAACGUUAAUUUAGAGAGGUUGAUUCCUGGUGGAACAAUACAUAAUCUGUUGCAAUUGCUGGAAACCUGCUCAGAAAAUGAACCUGAUGAGGAAGCAGAUAAGGAGGAAGAAUCUAUUGAUGUGGAAAAUAAUAAAGUUGAUAAUUUGGAAAAACCUAUUAUGACAGACUUACAAAAAGGGGAUGAUUCUGAUUCAGAGGAUGGUUUGAGUGGUUGGGAAGCUUUACCCAAUAUACAGUACCCAGAAGUACAAGCGGGGCCAGUCACUGUACAGACUAGUCAGGUGAUCAACAAUCAGCAGGCUAGCAGCAUGGCUGGCGGUUUAGUUAAUAGCGCUGCCGCCAGUAUCGCUUCCAUAUGGAAGGGUUUUACAGGAAGAUAGUGAUGUUUCCAUGAUUUAAUUUGAAGUUAUGUUUUAGUUUUUUGAGAGUAAGAUAAUACCAUUCAGUAAUCUCUUAAAAAUGGCAUCCAAGGGAAACGUGAAGAGCAUGGGACCGAUGACAAGGAAUGUGAAGCCUUCUUUUUUAAAUUACUUUGACUUGUGUUAUCUCUGACCAAUGGAGGAUAAAAUACUUCACCAAUCGAUAAUUAAUAUUAUUUUUCAACGAGUUCAUUUGUAUUAAGCAUUUUGCUUUCAAAUAAAUUUUUCAUAAUCA